ACCUGAGCCAGCAGUCAGUGUGGCCAGAGUGCAGGCAGGGUUUCCUGCCAGGAAUUGGGCUGCCUGGCCAUGCUCUGGGCGCUCUGGCCCAGGUGGCUGGCAAGCAGGGGGCUGCCCCUCCUGGGUGUGGUGCAGCUACAGAAGCGAGAGAAGAGGGGACCUCAGUGGAGGCAGUGGCGGCGGGAGACCCACCCCUACUAUGACCUCCAGGUGAAGGUGCUGAGAGCCAAAAAUAUCCAGGGCACAGACCUGCGCAACCUUUCCAGUCAUAAGCUAGAGGCUGAGGACCUGUCCAUCCUACCUACAGUGUCCAAAGCUGACUGCUAUGUGCAACUGUGGCUGCCCUCAGCAUCCCCCAGCCCCGCCCGGACCAGGGUGGUGGCCAACUGCAGGGACCCCGAGUGGAACGAGACCUUCCACUACCGGAUCCAUGGUGCCGUGAAGAAUGUCCUGGAGCUCACCCUCUAUGACAAGGACAUCCUGGAGAAUGACCAGCUCUCCCUGCUGCUCUUUGAUCUGAGGAGCCUCAAGCCAGGCCAACCACACAGACACACCUUCCCCCUCAGCCAGCAGGAUUCACGCGAGCUGCAGGUGGAAUUUGUUUUGGAGAAGAGCCAGGUGCCCGCGUCUGAAGUCAUCAGUAAUGGGGUCCUGGUGGUUCAGCCAUGUUUGAGAAUCCAGGGCACCCUCGGGGGCGAUGGGACAGCCCCAUGUCUAGAGCACGGCCCUAGGCAGAUUCAGCUGGCAGUGCCUGGAGCCUACGAGAAGCCCCAGCUCUUGCCCUUGCAGCCUCCCAUGGAGACGGGCGUCCCAGCCACGUUCACCUUCCAUGUGAACCCAGUACUCAGCUCCAGGCUGGAGGUGGACCCAGGAGAGAAGCUCAUGGUCCAGGGCGACCCGAGGGCCAAGGAGGAGGCCCAGACCAGCAAGCCUGGCAUCCUGCUCUCCUCUCUGGCCCUAGGCCAGGAGCAGCAGUGUGUCGUGGCCCUGGGGGAGGGCCAGGAGGUGGCCAUGAGUGUGAAGGCAGAGAUGAGCUCUGGGGACCUUGACCUGCGUCUUGGCUUCGACCUCUGUGAUGGGGAGAAGGAGUUUCUGGAGAAGAGGAAGCGGCUCGUGUCCAAGGCCCUUCAGCAAGCUUUGGGGUUGAGCCAGGCUCCCGACAGUAGCCAGGUGCCGGUGGUAGCCGUGCUGGGCUCCGGAGGUGGAACCCGAGCCAUGUCUUCUUUGUAUGGCAGCCUGGCUGGGCUACAGGAGCUCGGCCUCUUGGACACUGUGACCUACCUGAGCGGCGUCUCUGGGUCCACCUGGUGCAUCUCCACACUCUACAAGGACCCAGCCUGGUCCCAGGUGGCCUUGCAGGGCCCUAUUGAGCGUGCCCAGGCUCGAGUGUGCAGCAGUAAGAUGGGGGCAAUGUCCACGGAGCGUCUGCAGUACUACGCCCAGGAACUGGGGAUCCGGGAAAGCAGCGGCCACAGUAGUUCCCUCGUUGACCUCUGGGGCCUUCUCGUUGAAUAUUUCCUGUACCAGGAGGAAAAUCCUGCCAAGCUGUCUGACCAGAAGGAGGCAGUCAGCCAGGGCCAGAACCCUUACCCCAUCUACGCCAGCGUCAACGUCCGCAGCAACGUCAGUGGGGAGGACUUUGCAGAGUGGUGCGAGUUCACCCCCCAUGAGGUCGGCUUCCCCAAGUACGGCGCGUAUGUUCCCACCGAGCUCUUUGGCUCAGACUUCUUCAUGGGGCGACUGCUGCAGCUCCGGCCCGAGUCCCGGAUCUGCUACCUGCAGGGUAUGUGGGGCAGCGCCUUUGCAGCCAGCCUGGAUGAGAUCUUCCUGAAGACCGCUGGCCGGGGCCUCAGCUUCCUAGACUGGUGCAGAGACAGUGUGAAAAUCACAGAUGACUGCCAAGAGCUCCAGCUUCACGAUGCAGCGCGCCUGAGAACCAGGCUGUUCACCCCUCAGGGACCCUUCUAUCAGGUUGUACAGGACAUAUGCACCUCCCGGCUGACCUCAGCUGAGAACUCCAACUUCACCCGGGGCCUCCUCCUGCACGAGGACUAUGUGUCUGGCAGGGAAUUUGUGGCCUGGAAAGAUUUGCAUCCAGACGCCUUCCCCAACGAGCUCACUCCCAUGCGGGACUGUCUAAACCUGGUGGACGGAGGCUUUGCCAUCAACUCCCCAUUCCCGCUGAGCCUGCAGCCACAAAGAGCUGUGGACCUCAUUCUGUCCUUCGACUAUUCCCUGCAUGCCCCUUUUGAGGUCUUACAGAUGACAGAGAAGUACUGCCUGGACCGAGGCAUCUCCUUCCCCAGGAUUGAGGUGUCCCCGGAGGACAUGAAGGAACCCCACGAGUGCUACCUCUUUGCCAAGGCUGAGGACCCAAGCUCACCCAUCAUACUGCACUUCCCCCUGGUCAACCGUACCUUCCGCACACACCUGGCCCCAGGUGUGGAGCGAAAAACGGCUGAGGAGAAGGCUGGUGGGGACUUUGUCAUCAACGGGCCAGACACUCCCUAUGGCAUGAUGAACUUCACCUACGAGCCCCAAGAGUUUGAGCAGCUGGUGGCCCUGAGUCGAUACAACGUCCUGAACAAUGUGGAGACUGUGCGCAAGGCCCUCCAGCUGGCUCUCGACCGGCGACAGACUGGGGACAGGACUGGAGGCUGACCCAGGCUGGAGUUGGGGGACUGGGACAGAGGAGGGAUCCUGGGCUCCAGACCAGAGCUGGGUAGGGGGAGGGGCAGCGGACCCUGCAGGGCUUCUGCUUCUCAUUUCUUUGGAACCUGCACUGAGGUCCCCAGGCCCUGGGGAUAUUCCUCCAGGGUGCAGCCUGGACUUUUUGGGGUUCCUUCUCCCCUGUGUUUCCAGAGGAGGUUGUGUGUCUCUGGGGGUGUGUGGACUUGGGUCCCCUUUCCCCUGUUUCUGGGAGGAGGUAGUGUGUUGGGGAAGGGGUAUGUGGCAGACAUGAGCAGUUCUCAUCUGACACUGGAGUGUGUGGAGGGACUCAGGCGACCGUCAUGGCCCAGGGCCCACGCCAAACACAGAAGGACUUCAGAGGGACCAGGUCGUCAGACCCUCAACAGAAGGGGCGCUGUGAGAGCUGAGUGCAGGCUACUGCCCUGAGCUGAUACCAGAAGCAAAGAUGCGUCCAUCCAAUCCACACUUCCUGCAAACAGCCCCAGCCCUGACCAUCCCUCCACUCCCCACUGCAUCUGCAUGCUAAAGGCAUCCAGGAUAAAGGGGGACUACAUCGGUUGCCCAUCUGGGUCACUAACCCCAAGGUCCCGCCUGUUAAUUCCUCUUCACCUCUGGCCUCCCCUGCCUGCCUCAUGGCUCCCCACCCUUCUGUGCUCAGCCUCCUGAAGGCUGUGGGAUGAUCUCCCCUCCUGGCUGGGCUCCAGCUGGAGGUUCCCCAUGCUAAUUACCCAUCUUUGUUCUUUAAACUUGGGUCACAUCCUCUUAUCAGGUGUACUUCUGCUACCUUGAGCAAAUAGCCUCACCAUUCCCAGAAGUUAAAUGAGUAUGUCUAGAGGGCAUAUCCAUUUAUUGGCGCAGAGCAAACAUGAAUCUGCAUGUGUGUGUGUGUUCCCAGUGGCGCUGGCCUUUGAGCGCCUGUCAGCUGCCAGGGAUGGGCAGGGGUAGAGAGAGCCUAGCUGGGAACUCAGAGCCUGGGUUCCCGCCUUUUUCACAGGUGUGUCCUGCCAUCUGGGCCAUCUACUUCCCUCUUCCUCUGCUUAUCAUUUCUUCUGACCCACAAGGGACCCUCCAAACAUCUGAAGCCUCUCCAGCAUUGGCAGAUUUCCGGUCUGUGAAGAGGAGAUCCGCAAUGACUGGGCUUGGUGUGGGGGUCUUCAGGCCCUCUCCCUCUGGCCAGGGCCUCUGUAGCCUCUUUCUCCUCCCGCUGCCCCACCCAACGCUGAACUGCCUGGGGCCCUUCCAUGGUCCAGCUGCCAUAUAGUAAGUCCCUGACACUUGAACUUUCAAGUUGUGAACUUUCAAAGAUACAAAUGUGCAUUCCAUCAGCAUCAGGCCCUAGUGAAACUGCGGCUUGCCUUCCAUCUCCUAGUGCUGACCAUCCCUCAAGCAUCUCCCACCUCCUUUUCCUCAUCCAGUCAGUAACUCUUUUUGCCUGUUCACUCAAUGCCCACCUCUGUAUGCCAGCUUUUGUCAUGUACUAUUUAAGGUACUGUAUUGUAAGAUUAAAAAGGUUUCAUUUAUUUUUUAUGUUUUUUAUGUAUUAUUUGUGUGAAAAAUAUUAUAAACCUAUUAUAGUACAGUACUAUAUAGCCAAUUGUGAUAGAUGGAUAUCUUAGGCUAACUCUGUUGGAUUUAGUGUACAAAUUGGACUUACAAACAUGUUCUCGGAAUGGAACUGGUUUGUACGCUGGGGACUUAGUGUACUCACUGCUCAUUCAACACUCCCCUGCUGCCAGGAGUGCUCACUUUGGGUAUCGCCUCUGCCUAGAUCUGUCUCUCUCUCUUCCCUUCUCUCUCUCUCCCUCAAUCACACAUACAUGCUGUCCAUGGCCCAAGUCACUAUUCCUCUUUUAAUCAGGGAACCUAUGUGACAAAGCCUCAUCUGUCCCGACUCUGGGAAGAAGACCCUGGUUCUGGUUUCCAGCUGGGAGGAAGGAGUCUAGAUCCCAGUGUGUGUCCCUAGCCUGGCCUGGGAUCUGAGCCUCUAGCUGGAUGGGAACCAGGAGGGCUGGGGGAGCUGGGCCUCAAAAGGGCCAUUGUUUUUUGCUGGUGUGGGGUGGGGCAGCUUGAGUCUCUCCUGCCCCCUCCCUAGAGACCAUUGCUCCUCAGAUAGGCCAUCUGAUGAGCUGGUGUUUACACAUCUUUUAUGACUUUCUCCUUUGACCUCCUGUCUUUCUUUUGGUUUUAUCUUUCUUUUUGUUGGAGUGCAAAAUUGAAUAGUUCUAUAGUGGAGGAGUUCAUCUUUCAGUGUCCUAUCCUUUUGCCUUUUCAUACUGUUCGUGGGGUUCUCAAGGCAAGAAUCCUGAAGUGGUUUGCCAUUCCCUUCUCCAGUGGACCACGUUUUGUCAGAUCUCUCCAUCAUGACCUGUCCGUCUUGGGUGGCCCUACACGGCAUGGCUCAUAGUUUCACUGAGUUAGACAGGACUGUGGUCCAUGUAAUCAGAUUGGCUAGUUUUCUGUGAUUGUGGUUUUCAGUCUGUCUGCCCUUUGAUGGAGAAGGAUAAAAGGCUUAUGGAAGCUUCUGGAUGGGAGAGGCUGACUAAGGGGGAAACUGGGUCUUGUUCUGACUGGUUCCAAAUCGGGAAAGGAGUACAUCAAGGCUGUAUAUUGUCACCCUGCUUAUUUAACUUAUAUGCAGAGUACAUCUUGAGAAAUGCUGGGCUGGAGGAAGCACAAGCUAGAAUAAAGAUUGCUGGGAGAAAUAUCAAUAACCUCAGAUAUGCAGAUGACACCACCCUUAUGGCAGAAAGUGAAGAAGAACAAAAGAGCCUCUUGAUGAAAGUGAAAGAGGAGAGUAAAAAGUUGGCUUAAGGCUCAACAUUCAGAAAACUAAAAUCAUGGCGUCUAGUCCCAUCACUUCAUGGGAAGUAGAUGGGGAGAUAGUGGAAACAGUGACAGACUUUAUUUUUCUGGGCUCCAAAAUCACUGCAGAUGGUGACUGCAGCCAUGAAAUUAAAAGAGGCUUGCUCCUUGGGAGAAAAACUAUGACCAACCUAGACAGCUUAUUAAAAAGCAGAGACAUUACUUUGCCUACAAAGGUCCAUCUAGUCAAAGCUAUGGUUUUUCCAGUAGUCAUGUAUGGAUGUGAGAGUUGGACUAUAAAGAAAGUUGAGCACUGAAGAAUUGAUGCUUUUGAACUGUGUUGUUGGAGAAGACUCUUGAGGGUCCCUUGGACAGCAAGGAGAUCCAAACAGUCCAUCCUAAAGGAAAUCAGUCCUAAAUAUUCAUUGGAAGGACUGAUGCUGAAGCUGAAACUCCAAUCCUUUGGCCACCUGAUGCAAAGGACUGACUCAUUUGAAAAGACUCCGAUGCUGGGAAAGAUUGAAGGUGGGAGGAGAAUGGGAUGACAGAGGAUGAGAUGAUUGGAUGACAUCACCAACUCAAUGGACAUGAGUUUGGGUAAACUCCAGGAGUGGUGAUGGACAGGGUGGUCUGUUGUGCUGCAGUUCAUGGGGUCGCAAAGAGUUGGACAUGACUGAGUGACUAAACUGAACUGAACUGAUAGUGGAGGAUCUGUGGAAUAUAAAUCUUCUGAGUCCUGAUAUAUCUAGACUUGGCUUUUCUUGCCCUGACUUAUAACAGUCUAGAGGAGGGAAGAAUUCUUGGUUCAGAUUUACAUUUACUCAGAUUUUUAUUUUCCUUGUGUUGGAUAUUGCUGCUGGGCAGCUUGAUGUCAAAUGCAUUCUUAUCCCAUUGUAGGUAAUUUAUCUUUACCUAGCUUUUAGGGUUUUCUCUUUGUCUUUAAUUUUCAAAAGUUUCACUAUGAUUUUUCUAAAGUUACAACUUGAAAAUAUGAGCAAGCUCUUUCCUAGUUUGAGAUUCAUGUCUUUUUGAAGCUCUAAGAAAUUUUCUACCAAUUUUAUCAAAACACUACUCCUCUUCAUUCUCUCUUUCUGGAUUCCAAUUAAAUGGAUACUGAAAUGUAUGAAUGGAUCCUCCGUAUCCCUAAACUUCCUUUUAUACACUCAAUUUUUUCAUUUGUGUGGCAUUCUGGAACUUUUCUUUGCAUGAUUUUUUGGUUCAUAAAUACGUUCUCCACCUGUGGACAGUCUGCUCCUCUAUCCAUCUUCUGGGGGAUGGGUUUAAUUUUUGACUGUCACAUUUCCCUGCUUAAAUUCCCAAAUAGGAUCUUAUGAAACUACCUGUUUUCAUUGCAUGGAAAUGCUUGACCACUUACCUCAGAUGGUGUUAAUAUGUACAUUUGAUGGAAGUUUUCUGAUUGUUAUGUGAACAGUUUCCUUGGGGCAGAAUCUCUGUUGCCUACCCUUCAUGGGCUUUGCCUUCUUUAUAUAUUUGCUAAUUCUUGGUUGUCAUUUCAUCACUAAGAGGGUUUUAUGUACAAGCUCCCAGCUGUGAUGGCUCUUGGUCAGGUCACUGGCCAUGCAAUGGCAAUGGUGGCCUUCAGGUGGCAGUGUGGGACUCAGGGAGGAGGUGGAAAAGAUGCAGUUCUACAGACUGACCAGCAGAGCCUUGAAGAGACGUUAUGAGUUUUUUAAUCUAUGUUUAUAUCUGAUGGGUUUGGUGUUGCAAGGGAUAUGUAAAAUAUUACAAUGGAGAAUUCCAGUUUCAAGAUGAAAGACAGAGGACAGGCUGAGAUCACUCCCCAGCAUUUUUUUAAAAAUUAACAAUUUUCAGUUACCCAGUAAAUUUUCUGAAUUUGUUUUUUUUUUAAGAAAAAAUUGAGGUUAAAUCAGCAAUUGUACACCCUAAAAAAUAAAAAGUUAGAUAUUCUAUUUUCAGGGAAGCAAUGGAGAUGUUGACAUAGAGAACAGACUUGUGGACACAGUGUGGGAAGGAAAGGCUGAGACAAAUUGAGAGAGUAGCAUUGAAACGUAUACAUUACCAUAUGUAAAAUAGAUAGGCGGUGGGAAUUUGCUGCAUGAUGCAGGGAGCUCAAAC